AUGCAGUUCCUCACCACCGUUCUCGCCCUUGCCGGCGCUGUUGCUGCUCUUCCCGUCGAGCAAAAGACCGAGAUUGUCGAGGCCCGCCAGCUCUUUGGUUCCGACACCAAGAACGAGCUGAUCAACGGAGGUGCUUGCCCUCCUGUCAUCUUCAUUUACGCUCGUGGCUCCACUGAGAGGGGCAACCUGGGAACUCUCGGCCCCUCGGUCGGCGAUGCUCUGAAGGACCGCUUUGGGUCGGCCAAUGUCUGGGUUCAGGGUGUUGGCGGUGCCUACACGGCUGAUCUCCUCGACAACGCCCUCCCCGAUGGCACUACCCGCGCGGCUAUUGCUGAGAUGAAGGGGCUCCUCACCUUGGCUCACACCAAGUGCCCCUCGGCCAAGGUUGUUGCUGGUGGUUACAGCCAAGGUGCGGCUCUGGCAGCCGCCUCGAUCAGCACCAGCACCGCUGCCAUUCGCGAGCAGAUCAAGGGCGUCGUCCUCUUCGGCUACACCAAGAACCUCCAGAACCUGGGCCGCAUUCCCGACUACCCCCGCGAACGCACCGAGGUUUACUGCGCCACUGGCGACUUGGUCUGCACCGGUACUUUGAUCGUCACUGCUGCCCAUCUUACCUAUGGUGAUGAGGCCCGCAACGAGGCUCCCAGAUUCCUCAUUGCUCGCAUCAACGCCAGCUGA